CUCAAUUUCCCCAUAUAUCCUACCUAAUUCAUCCACACCUCUUGGCACUCCAUAUACCUUUGUAGUUCCCCCCAUGUUGGGAUGCUCAAGCCGGACAAGGGCAACUGCAAUGUAUACGACUGCUCGAUAGCAAACCUACGCAACCCAUCUCGACAUACAACAACCUCAUUUCUACGAUUCCUGAUAUUGUGCUCACUAGCACAUACGCACUCAUCAUGUCCGCCCAUAUGUACAACUCACAACUUCCACGACGGACGUCACGAAGCUCAGGCACUCAACCGUCUCGUUCUUCACGCAUCGAAAAGCCAAAGAGCCAUCAUAACAGCCCAAGGACCAUGGAGAGGAGAAAAACAACUACAGAGCCCAAGCUCUACGCAACACUAGACGACCACUACAAAAUGAUGUUUGGAAUCGAGGACCCAGAAGAGGAGGUAGAAGAGCGUCCACAGCCGAGCAGGCCUGUAAGCUGGCACCCAUCGUCAAACCAGUGGUUUGCACCACACUCGUCAGCAUAUGUAGCGUCUCCUUCGCAACAAGAAUGGUCCUGGCACGCACCUUCUAGGAACUCUGGCCAUGGGUCUGAUUUCUACUCUCUGUCUACACGAAACUCCAUGUAUGACUCGAACACGAACUACCAGACAUAUCCAGCCGGAUACGGGAUGCACAGAGGAUCGGACGAGUCCGACUACAGCUGGCAAGGGGUUCCCCAUCAGCCACAGUCCUACGCUCACUCCGCUCUCAACACUCCCACUACUGAGCCCCUACCUUGGUACCUACAACAGUGGGCUCAGAAGAACCAAUCUUUCAUGGACUCGCAAAAUGGAUCCGCAGAAUUCUUGCCCAUCCAGCACCCCUCAGAUCAUGACGACCAGAUGGAUGUAGAAGACGAUGGCAAAGAGCUAGUGGGCAUGGGCCUGUACGAUGCCCCUGACCCAACGUCAUCGUGGGGAGGCCUUGUAGAGGCCACAGGCAAAGGCCUAAAGCUCGAGGAGACCUGGCAGCCACCUGAAGCUGAGGAAGAUGAUGACGAGGAUGACGCAAGCUCAGAGGGCAGCAUCGAGGAACCUUCCCCACCACUGCCGGCAACCAACCCGCAGAGCCAGCAACUGCAGCUGCCAGUUCAUGUCAAAGCACAAACUCCUGGCAGCAUGGAAGGCCAAAGCUUCUUUUUUGACGAUGAUGAGACAGUGUCGAAAGAGUGGUGGUUCCAGCAGCUGAAGCAGCCCAACAUGCCAGGACAGGACGUUGGACUUGGGUACGGCUGGCUUCGUUGAACACCACCUGUACUAACAGUUUUGAGUGGUUUCUAGAUGUACAACAGGGCGUUUGAGCGAUUCAAUUCGGGACAUAGAACCUUU